AUGGACCAAUAUGACCACGAGCUGGAUCCUUUCUCCAGUGAGAGCCUCUGGAGACUGUCAAAAUUCAGCAUAGAAGCCCUCCAGCCAUUGGAGUCUUUACCAUGGAACAUCUCACUUUCUGAUCCUACAUCCUGCCUUCAAAUUCCCAAACAGGCCACAGACCAGGUCGAUCCGGUAUGGAAGCUAGACCUCUUUCCCAUCGGGUUGGAGCCCACCGAGCCAACAGCUGAGUCGAGCAUCGACCCAUCCGUAGAUGGCUCGUCUGAUGCGUCUGGCGGUCUGUUAAACGACAUUUCAAGCGAAGAGGAUGAUUUUUGGCAUCCAGACUCGACCCAAGAAGAUGCUGUUCAACAUAUACCACAAAAAUCAUGGGAGAAGUACCACGACCGACCAUUUCAAGAACCUAUGUCUGCAUACGUGAGCGAGUCUGGCGCCCAAGGAUUCGAUGCGGUAUUGGCGCUCCAAAGGGCCACAAGGGGACAAAGUGCGCAUCGAAUAGUGCGAACAGAGGUGUUCAUGCGGUCACUGCUUCGUCUGGGGCUUGGAUGGAGCUCAGCCUUCUUCCGUUGGGAUCCCCUCAACAGUCAAUUCAAGAGAGAAGUCAAGGACUUUCGUGUCUCCGGUAUCAGUUCAUUAGCAUUGGAGAAUGUCAUUGAAUAUGUGCUCCACAUUGGUACUCUUAUGCAACGCAUGCGAACGUUUGCACAAGAUCCACCUGCCAAGUGCAAGGAGUUGCCCGCUCUCUACACCUUGAGCGGCACAACUGCAGCUAUAAUCUUCAUCCUUGAGCAACAAAUCUCUGACCAUUCGAAGGAUGUUGUAUCGCUUCUCCAAAUCCAGGCUCUUUUCCAUCGGUGCGGCGACCUGGUAGGCGCCCUUGCUGCUAUUGUUGGCGCAGCCCAAAGAAGUAUCUCCGAUGCGCAAGUCAUCUCAACCGUCAUGGAGCGCGCUGCCUCUUUCACCCAGAGAUUCAGUUGGAUGGAGAACCUCUUUCAUGAAAUUGUGAUUCGAGUAACCCAACCUUGGUUCAAAUUUGUCGAGAACUGGGUAGGACUUCGAUCAGAAGAAACGGCGCUAAGUCAAGUAUUGGCAAGUGGUAGAUCCUUUGUUCGACUGGAGAUUGACGAGCCUGGCAAAUACAAGACUGGGCCUCCACGAGUCGAUCAUCUAUACCAAGCACAACAUAUGCCGUCUUUCAUCCCGGCUGAUCAAGCCCGCUCCAUAUUUGAGAGUGGUUGCAGUCUUCAGUUGCUCAGGAGUUCUCAUCCUGACCACCCCAUUGCCAGGCGCGAUGUACUUUCUCGCUCGGGUGGCAUCCAACUGCAUUGUGCCACUACUUGGGCUGACAUUGAGAAAAUCCAAACGAAAGCCCAAGAGUACGAACUGAGUCUCCGCGCUGAGAUUGAGAAAUAUCAUCGUGGCAAUUCGAGCAGAACCCAUCUUCCAAGUGAAGAUACCGCUCAGACAGUUGACAUUGGGAAGACUUUCGAGCUCUUUGAUAUCGACGGAGAAGAGACUAUCCACGGACCGAUCAAGAACAGUACAGCACUUUCACGGGAUACAUUUCACGAAUUGAUUGGAAAGGCACGCAAAAUCGAACCUGGUCUUAAUGAUCAAAUGGAUUCGCUUGGUCCUGAGCUGGCGUCUAGUCUUCACUUAUCUAUUGCCCCAAUCCUCGCAUCUCAAGCCCUCCUGAUCGAUUACUCUUGCCUCCAUCAUCUCUUUAAGGAACACAGACUCCGCCACCACUUGAGUUUGCAGUGGCGGUUCCAGCUGCUGGGAGAAGGGUCAUUUGUAUCUCGUCUUUCCAACUCCCUCUUUGACCCUGAUAUGGAGAGUGGGGAGCGGAGAGCUGGAAAGAUACGCAGUGGCGUGGAUACCGGUCUGCGACUCGGCAGCCGAGAUACCUGGCCCCCUGCAAGCUCAGAAUUGCGUCUGGUUUUGAUCGGCCUGCUGGGCGAUUGCUAUUUUGGCACAGGCAGUACCGAUGACUCUGAAAAAUCUCACAUACGUCAGGAUAACGAGCUACCUGGUGGCCUCAGCUUUGGAAUUCGAGAAUUGUCAGAUGAAGACAUUGACCGAUGCAGAAACCCGAAUGCCAUAGAGGCGCUGGACUUCCUCCGCCUGCAAUACACGCCACCUAGAGUUCUUGAGUCCAUCAUCACCACCCGCUCUCUGAACAAGUACGAUCAGUUAUUCAAACACUUGCUCCGGCUACUACGAAUGGUGUCCGCGGUCAAAGGCCUCGUCCGCGAUUCCACCUCUCGAGAAUCACUUUCGGGAGAUGUACGAAAUGUAUUCCAAAAAUUCAGAGUGGAUGCGCAACACUUCGUGCUGGCCUUCAGUGACUAUUGUUUCCACAUUGGCAUUGGAUCAAUAUGGCAGCGGUUUCAGGAAACACUGGCCAAGAUCGAACGCUGCAUUAACCGUGGUGACAUUGACGGUACGAUCGAAGCGGCCCACUCGGUGCCCCGACUCCGCGACUACCACGAAGACAUACUCGAUCAAAUGCUUUUUGCGUUCUUCCUCAGCAAGCGCCAUGCGCAGGCUGCUAAGCUGCUUGAGUCUAUCUUCGGGAAUAUCCUUGCCUUUGGACCCCUGUCAAGUGCAGAUGGCAAAGGGUAUCGUUGUGAGAGCGAAGGAGCCGUUUCCGACUUGUAUCAGAAUUUCAGGAAGCAAACCUCCGCCUUUGUUGGCUAUCUACGCAGCAUGGAAUCCGGAAAAGCCACUUCGAAAUCAAUGGCUAAAUCUGGGACAUUCUUCUCCUCUCGGACGGACCCAACCAGUGUCUUUGAGCAUCUACGAGUGAGGUUAGACAUGAAAGCGUACUAUUAG